GAACAGCAGUCGGCGGAGCGGUCGCACCUCUGGAGCGCUAGUUCCGUGUGUCGAGAACGCUCCACUGUGAUCACGUGUGGGGGCUGUCGUGUGUACUUUGACUGGAAGAUUGUACGUUGGUGAAGAUUUUCGGAAAAAAACUUGUAAGGAGUGGCUAGGAGGAUUGGUGGCCAGAACUACACGUGUGAAAAAGUGCGGUGCUGAUCAUCCGGCCUUGGUUUUUGCGUGUUCGACGUCCCACAAAAACUGAGCGGAAGGUUGUUGGCAGUGAGAUGCUCACACCAUGUCUCCAAACAGCUUGAAGUGACUCGUGUGACGUUUGUUUCGCUAGCGUGACGAGCCGUUAUCUGGUGUUAUCCGUCGUGACGCACCGUGACGGCGACCGUCACGCUCGUGACCUCUUCAUGACAAUGGUGGCCGUGCGCCGUUUGUCCCGCGAUCUGCGGAGACUGCUUCCGCUAGCGUUUCUUAUCGGGUGUUCACUACUUAGUAUAAUCUACGUGAGGUCAUACAGACAAGGUUGGCCUGUGUCACAGCCCUAUCACACACGGAAAGUGGGCUCCAUUGAUGAACAGCGCGGGUCAAGAUCCGAGGAAGGGAUACAGACUGCGAAAGGAGCGGCCAAAUCACAGCAUGGUGCGAACAGAGCGGCACCGGAAGCGUCCACUUCCGGUGAUGGUGAGGUGCGCGUGCGACUGCAGCAGCAACCGGUUCGCUGGCCUUGGGAAGGAGUCGAGGGCUGCAGUCAGUAUGGAAUCAGAUUUGCGGAGCGCGGCACGCUGCCCAUCGUGGCCCUCAGCAGCUACCCGGGAUCUGGCAACACCUGGACACGCUACAUGCUCGAACUGGCAUCGGGCGUGUUCACCGGCAGCAUCUACUACGAUAUGGGCCUCUACAGCAUCGGCUACUGGGGCGAGCUCUCCAGCCCGGAGGAGGGCACCACCAUCGUACAAAAGGUGCACGACUUUGGUGACGACCAGGUACAGCGCUUCAACCGGACGGCCAUCGUGAUCGUGCGCAACCCGUACCGGGCCGUGCUGAGCUUCCACAACUACCUGUUCGGCGGCCACAAGGGCAUGGCACCCUCCUCCAACUACCUCAGGAAAGGCUGGCGCACCUUCGUCAUGAAGCAGGUGUUCGAGUGGAGUGCUCACGUGCAGAAGUGGACAGAGCCCGGAAAUCGAGUGCUCGUUGUUCAUUAUGAGCAUCUCAAGAGCGACCCGGUCGGACAGCUGAGGAGAAUGCUGAAAUUCCUCAACUGGCCCAUUGAUGAAGAAAGGCUCAAAUGUGUACAAAUGGACCAGUCAGGACGAGCACAACGUCAUCAGCAGCAUCGUCCUCGUGCCGUCACCCCCUUCCCGUCUGAGCUGCGGAAAAUGAUCGACCUCAGCGUGAAAACGAUACAGAACGUGUUGGAGAGGAGGCAUCUCACCCCGCUACCGGUCGGAGAAUACGAGUUCUUCAACGGAGUUCUAAGCAGUGCGGUUGGGGGUGCUCUAGGUAGCGCCGUGGGGCCCAUGCUAAAUGUCGCGCGGGGCGGAGAGAGUUCAGAGCGCGACACAGCGAGAGCGCUGAGUGAAGAGGAGGAGAGAAUGGUGGAGAGAGUGGUAGAGACGGUGCAGAAGAGUGUGAACGUGUCGGAAACGAAGGGGGAUGGGCUACUGGAGAGGUUCCAGGGUCUGAUGGUGGUGAAGGAUGGCAACGAGUUAGGACAUUCAGAACGGACGGAGGAUGCGGACGGCGUAGCUCACCGCCACCCUCCCCACUUCCCCGCCGAUGUGGAGCCGUUCCCCGCCGAUGUCAGGGAGAUAGUCGAACACGGCGUGGGCUAUGUGAAUCAGCUGCUACGGAGGCGUGGUCAUCCGCCGCUGCCGCUGGAUAGAUACAGCCGCUCCUCCGGUGAGCGUCUGGAGGAAUGUUACGCCGAGGAGGACUUCCCCUCGUGCCUGGCUCGAGUAGACGCCAUGAACCCUCCCGCGCCUGCCCCGAGUCUCCUGGCACACGCUACGGACCUCUUCAGCCGCCUGCUGGGGGAUCCACUCAGAGUGAACCUCCGCAGUGGACUGGGCACGGCCAGCGCUCCGCCGGCUCUGGAGGACGUGCCCGGAGCGGCCGCUCUGAGGGCGGAUUGGAAUGUGUUUGAGAUGAGCAGGCAGGAGUUGUGAGAGG